AUGCUGGACAUCGUGAAAGCAAUUGCGCGUGAGGCGGGAUCAGUUAUUCUUAGUGCUCUUCACCAGCCGACCCUUGUUCAUGAAAAGAUAUCCUACGCCGAUCUUGUAACUGACACUGACAAGCAGGUCGAAGACCUCAUUAAGUCCCGGAUCCUAGCGAAAUUUCCGAACCACAAAAUUAUUGCGGAGGAAAGCGCUGAGAACCGGUCUAUUUUGACGUCAGAACCAACCUGGAUAAUUGACCCAAUUGAUGGAACAUCUAAUUUUGUUAGCAAAUUUCCUUUUUGUGCUGUCUGUAUUGGGUACUAUUCAGAAAAGCAGGCAAAACGAGAUAAAGGUGCAUUCUUGAACGAUCAGCGUAUUCGUGUAUCUGGCUGUACUCAGCUGCAUAAUGCCCUAAUACUCACCGAUUGGGGUGGUGAUAGAAAUGCUUCUAAUUUGGACACAAAGGCCGCCAAUAUGCGUUGUCUUAUUGCUGAGGCUCGUGGCGUGAGAACAAUGGGCUCUGCGGCGUUGCACAUGUGCCAGGUUGCCGCGGGUCAGGGUGACGCCUUCUUCGAAUUCGGCAUCCAUUGUUGGGACUACGCAGCCUCCAGCCUAAUCGUCACCGAGGCCGGGGGAUACUGCUGCAACAUUGACGGUAGGGUUCUCUUAGCAUUGGCACGCGAUUUCCAACUGUGUAGCCACACAUGUAAAGGCCGAAUAGGACAGUUCACUGGUCAAAGUUAG